AUGACUGAAACUACAUCUAGAUCAAAAAAUACAUUACUAAAUCCCGCUGAAAUCAAAGUAACACCCCCAAAUGCAACAACAGCUGCAACUCAUAAACAAGAAUUGAGACAACCGCCAUUGAAUAAUUCUCCAAAUUCAAAUACACCGUCAUCAACUACAUCUGCAUUGAUAUAUAAUUCAGGAAUAAGCUCAUCAACAUCAAGAAGGGGUAGUGCAAUUCCAUCUGGUUCAAAUAAUACAAGUGGAGGAUUAAGUUCUACAUCAACAUCACCAUCAAGAAUAAGAAGUAAUAGUGCAAAUAUAAAUGAUCUAACUCCGACACCAUCACAUCAUCAACCGGCUCAUGCAGUUACAAGACAACGUAGAUCAUCAUCGUUAAUACAACAUUUGGAACCAGAUACUUUAGAUACGAAAAUAGAUCAAGCUUUAAAUCCUAAUGUAAAUGCUAAUUGGGUUCAUCAAAAGGGUGCAUGGAUUAUUCAUAUUGUUAUAAUAAUAUUAUUAAAAAUAUUUUAUAAUUUUAUAAAUGUAUUGGAUAAUGAUUGGAAAUGGACAUUAACUAAUUUAACUUAUACUAUUGGUUCAUAUAUUAUGUUUCAUCAAGUUAAAGGUACUCCAUUUGAAUUUAAUAGUGGAGCAUAUGAUAAUUUAACAAUGUGGGAACAAAUUGAUAAUGGUGAUCAAUAUACUCCAACUAAAAAAUUUUUAAUGUUGGUGCCCAUAUGUUUGUUUUUAAUUAGUACACAUUAUUCACAUUAUGAUUUAAAUUUAUUUAUAUUAAAUGGUGUCAGUUGUCUUUGUGUGGUGAUACCUAAGUUAGCUAUAGCUCAUAGAUUAAGAGUGACUUUAUAUUGA